UCGGUGACGUCACACGACGACGGGGCGGAGGAGAGCCCGAACUGCGCCAGUGCCGUCAGUGUGCUACACACUGAAAAGACAAACCGUUAGGGUUCCGUGUAUUACUCAGUCAUUCGCCGUGUCCUGUUAGCAGUGGGAGCUGGGGUUCGGCGGCUGCGUUGUUCGACUGGUUCACGCUUCUGCUCCUUCCACUGAGUGCGAACUCGCCGUUCCGUAAAAGCCUCAAUCAGCAUGCAGAUAAUCAACAAGGGCAAGAUAUAGACGGCUGUGUUCAAUCUAAGUUCAUCUCAUCUUUUGGAUUGCGUUUUUGCAUGCAAGCAAGCAGUCGUCUAAACGGACAUGUAUUUGCCUCACCACAUAUAGGCUAAACUAACUAGUAAGGACAAAGCAACAUGUGAAUACCUUCGACCGGCCCUAGACACACUCUCAUCCUCCUUCGUAGUAACGGUGAGGUAUCAUAGAAAGAAUACGCGGCACAAGGCGAAACAGGAUCAACUGGGUAAACAAGAAAACUAUUCAGAAACCUAGUGUGAAAAGUGUGUUACUAACUGAUUGACUGAGUGCGGCUGCCUGAUUUGGACUGGCUGACUUCAAACGAAAUAACACAGGCACGAAACGCUAAAAAGAAGAAUUCAUUAAGCAGCAAUGAGUAAAUAGUGAGGCUCUGAAAUGGGCAAGCGUUGCAUAAAACCUUGGCGAAUUGCUGGUAUUUAUCACAGUGAAACCAAAAUGAAGGCGCAUGGUACAUAGCAAAGCAAGUAUCGUCGACGACAGGUUAGGUAAACGGCCUGUUCAAAGUACGGUUGUCUACGGCUUGUUUUGCUAACAAAUCGUGAGUAAGCGGGAAAUGCGAAAGACAGGACAGAAUAUAACAAAAAUAUUAACCAACACCCUUGAAAUGCUACUGAGUAUGAGACAAGCACCAGGGCCUGAAAGCUGUCAGCACGGCUGGGUUGCCUCGCCCGUUGAACACUGCGCAUGAAAAAGCUUUCCGUUUGUUUAAACAAGACUGUAAUUCGAUGUGCGUUUGUAGAUUCUAUACUACGACGACGACCGUCGAGGAGUUUUCUUGACAACGGAACAGAACUGAAAAGAAAAUUAUUUAACGGAGCGCAUAUCGCGGUUGGGUCUCACGGCAUCCUCAACCACCCCAGUUAAAAAGGCAAUGCGCCUUAUCCGGACGGUGUCCGCUUGGUCAACAGAAACUUGCACGCGCGGCCUUCGAUGCGAGUGCUGAUUAUAGGUCGAAUAUUCUCGAUUCUGACCAGUUUGCUUCAAUGCCUACGGCUACAACAUCUUCUUAUUACCAGUGACUCGUAGUCACAGCACAGUUAGUGUCCCCGUGAAACACUUAACACCAUUACAUUGUCUUACAUAUACAUAUGUAACAGACUAACGCUGAAGUGGAAAGGACCUGGAGCUGUGCUGUACGGCAGUGAGCUGAGUAGUCCGACGGGGCUUCCAGCGCGAACAGCAAGAACAACUCGGACAGCUGCCUCUAUUGCCAAGAUCGUUCAAGUAUCGGGCCGCUGAUUGUGCGGGCUCAUAGCGGCCGGCGGAUAGCGGCAGAUGCUAUAGCUGUUGCCGUCAUUGUCGUUGGUCAAGCUGUCGUUGAGGCUGUGCGUGAUAACGACGGCGAGGAUGACGUGUUGCCGCUAGUUGAAUCGACCACGCUACUGGUAGAGGUGUAGCUAGCAGCGUACCGGGCGUCCGCAUUGUUGCUUUGACCCCACUCUUUCUUGCGCCAGCAGCUGAAGCCGCUGAGACGGACGGCUGCCGCUGCUGCUACGAGUGUCUAGAAGCGCCAGACGGUCGGGCGGCAACGCGCGCGAGACUACCGAACCAUUGGGAAGGUUCCAUUGCGGCUGCUGCUGUUGCUGACGGCCAGUUCAGACGAUUGUUCAAAGCGCUGCCGUCGCCGCCGCUGUUCUGUAAAGGCGCCUUGUCUGUCGCCAACAAUAAAAGUUCUAAUACCCAGCCGGAGGUAUCGGCGCGGCGUCUAUUGGCGCCAGUGAGUAGCUGGUGCCGCUAGUCGUCAAUUAACCUGUCUGUCUAGAUAUCAUCCGUCUGGUGGACGACGUGGCGCCACUGUCGUUGCUGUUGCUGCCGCCGCCGCCGCCGCCGCAGCAUCGCAGCGUGGAUGCAGCCUGUGAGCACGGCUAGCUGGAGGAUAGCCCCCGCCGGCCGUGGCGCUGGUGCUGCUGGUGCCGUUUGCUGAUAGUUUUGGUGGCAUGGGAAAGGAGGUGGCGGCGGCCGUACGGAAAGUCGAGCUGCUGCCGCCGCAGUUGCCGUCGUCGUCGCCCGAAGAAACAGCAGCAGCAACAGCGGCAGAGAUAACAGCGACUGCAGCCGCUAGUAGAACCGCUGCUACCGCGCAGCCCGUCGCAAUAGCAGCGCCAGCGCUCGACCAACAACGGUUCGACGACGCAGCUACUAGAUAGAUAGUCAACGACGAACGCCACGCCAGCGCUAACAAAACAUCAAGACAGCGUCCAUCCAGGCAGCAGCCGCAUUCUGCUGCAGCGGCAACAGCGUCAUCGUGCUUCUCUUAGUGCUUCCGAACGAAAUCGGUUCAACAUCGCCGCAGCAAACAACUGGUCGACUCAACACCAAUGGCACGACGCUAGAGCAGUGUAGUAACGGCAGUUGUGCGAUCCGGCACCUCUAGUCCGGCUCCGUCCACGAUUGACGCCACACAUCCACAAGCGCUGCUGAGUCGCCGUCCAUAUAUCAAGAGCCAAGAAGAAGGAACGCGGGGAAGAACACGGCGACGGCCACUACCGCCGCUCCAACAGCCGCCGCCGUCGUCGUGAUUGCCGCUGUCACUGGUACUCGCUUGCUCGUCCAUCGGGGGCGGCGGGUGGCGGGCGGCCAUUCGUAGUGCAGGAGUAACAGCGGUUGCGCUUUUCGUGAAAUCUUGCUAGUUGCCGUGUCCUAGAUUACAGACGCUCUGCUAAAGGUGCUAGGAAUCGGUAUCAAGGCCCGUGUUGCAGCCGCCGCUAUUUCACAGACUUUAACCGCCUUCGGUCGCCAACAGCAACGGCAGUGACAGCGGCCAACGCCACUACUGUCUCGCCGUCGUCGCCACUGAAACCGUCGCAGCAGCAGCAGCAGCAGCAGCACGAGUGAUCGUUGUUGCUGAUGCUGCAGCUGCUGCUGCUAUUGGCGCUGCCGACGCCGCUACAACAACUACUACCGCUGCUGCUGCUGCUACUGCUACUGCUGCUGCUGCUGCUGCUGUUGUUGUCGUUGUUGUCACUAUCAGUGCUGCUGUAGUCUUCAGGAGUGGUCGUCGUCGUGAUCGUCAUCGCUGGUGGCUCCUCCUUCUGCGUCAACUUCAACCUCGUUGUUGCCUCUAUUACGGCUCGUGCGCUGUUACUGUCGCCGUUUACCACGACAGCAGCUGCAGCAACAGCGACACCAAGCGAGCGACAAUAGUGAACGCAGCACAGCAGUGACGGUGUGACGGCGACGGCGGUUAGGACAGAUCGAAACGAUUGUGAGUGGCUGAGACAAGAAAAAGGACGACGAAGUGGAAGAAUACGACGAAGGAAAAUAACUAUAUUACGCUGGUACUCCGGCCGCUGCUGCUGCUGCUGCUGCUGCUGCUGCUGCUGCCGCCACUCCCCCAGCCGUAAUGCGCGUCUCGACGAUAGUCAGCAACGAAAACACCGAUCGAAUGACCAGAGACAAGAGCAGCAAUACCAACAACAGGAACUUGAACAACAACAUCUGCAGCGGCAGCAGUAGCACAACAACAACAACAACAACAAUCAACGAGCACAAUUAGCAACGCAAUAUAGACAACGGAACAGACGGAGCAGCAACGAACGGCACAGAACGAAAGAGCCAGAAAAAGAGCAGGACCCCUAGGCGAGGGGGUUCGAUUCGGCGCAUCAACAAACGUUCAACAGGACCAAAGGCACAGAGAAGGUAGAUGAUCAUCACGUGAAAGUCAACGGAGAAUCGUCAGAGCUAGUGGUCGUAAGAGUAGCUUAGAAAAUGAAAAGUGAAAGAGCACACCAGCAACACGAACACGAUAAACGAAAAAAAACGUCAAUAAUAGAGAAAAUAGAAGAACCAAAAGCAUCAGGAGAUAAAAAAAAGCUAGUUUUUCGUGUCCUGCUGGAUCAAGACAUAAUGAAAAAGCAUUUUCGGGCUGUGUGUAUUCAUGAAUUGCAAAUAACCAAACAGAGUGAUAAGAAUAUAUCAAAGUGAUCUGGUCGUUACGAGUGAAUAUAGUUGUGAAGCACAAGGCUUUUAAUGAAUGGAGCACGCCCAGGCGGGACAGCCUAAAACGAAAAUUAAGGUCAUGUGGACUUAGACAAACACAUAAGCACAUCGCCAAGCUUUCCAACAGGGAGACAGAUACGGAAAAGAGUGAGUGUCGAACGCAGCCCUCUUUAGAUAGUAAAGACUCACAAUCUCUUACCAAUAGAAUAUAUGCCACAUCACUUCUACGUCCUUUCGUCGAGGCUGUUUUCAUGACGCUCCGCUAUUUCCUUGAAGUUGAUGAUCAGCAUCAUCGUUAAUAUCAUCACCAUCUCCACUCUGUUGUUUUUAAUCGUCAAUUUCAACAAGUGGCUUACUUCACAAUAAAGUGUGCAUUACCUGCGUUUGUGUCCUUAGCGGAGUCCAGUUGAUCGGUGAUGCUACGCUGUGAGAUGAUCAAGUGUAUAGCGGACGGCGCAAUCGAAUCAGACCGCCAAUACCGAGCGACCUAAUUGACUAAUUAAUUAGCAAAAAAACGUGUUGAGACGACGAAAAAACGAUUUGUGAAGGUUCAGUUGAUUCUGUCCUUCCAAUCAAUUGUAUUGAACAAUUGAUUGCAUCUUUAGAGACGUGCUUUAUUCGCGCAGGUGCCUAUCUGUGUUAUGUGUGUGUGUGUAUGAAUGUAAAUGUGUGUGUCUCUAGGUGUCUUUGUGUCUGGAUGUGGGUGAGGGUGUGACUGGGGGGAGGUGGUGGUGGUGGUGAAUGAGUGAAGCAAAUGUGCGCGCCCCCGUUUCUUCAGCCGUUCGCAUGUGUACAUAUCGUGAAUGUUAAUUGUGCGAAGGGGCAAACCGAACUGACGCAGGGUCACCCCAUCGUAUGAAAGAGUUUGCCCCGGUUAAAAUUUGUUAGAUUCUUGUUAACUUCUUUAAGACUUUGCGACGUUACUAGCUGCUCUCAAGUGGCCGUCGUUUCCAUAUCACUCUGGAAACAUGUGGUUCGGGGCAUCCUCAUCAUCCAGGUUGGAUUAUGAUAGCGGUUCGAAAAACCGGGAUUGCGUUCAAGCUACUUGAAGACUCGUCUGUACGAUCGAUGGCAGCAGCAUCGUGGCGCUAAGCAACUGCUUAUUUAACGACGCUCUACGGAAUAAUAUCAUAUUGAGAUCUACGUAUAAUACGUAUAAACGGCUAUAAGGAUAUAUUUCUUGCCUACCAGUCUGAAGGAUACCAGACAAUAAUAUAUAAAAACAAAACUAUUACAAUAUAUAUAGUCAUUAUUAUCUUUUACCAACGGCUACGACGACGAUGUGUGCUUAAAUAAUUGCCUCACGUCGACGGCAAACGGCCCCUGGACGCAGGGAGCGCCAAAGACGGGCUUCACCAUCUACCGAGCCCGCUCACCUAUUCUCUCCGGCGCGACAAUGUAAUCACAAUUGACGGCUAGAGCGCAAUGGCUGCCUCUCCCUUGAAGCUCGUGACGGUCGCUGGCACAGACCUUUCGAUGCACGUACAUCCCCUAAAUAACACCUUCAACAACAACAAUAACAACAGCAACUGCACUAUUAAUACUAAAAGCAAUAGAUCGAGUAACGGUUACUACAAGCCAUUGAUUCAGCUCAACGCACAUCAACAGCAGCAGCAGCUGCAAGAACAGCAGGGUCAGGGCCUUACAAGGUUGCAACAUCAGAAUGAUCCUCCUACGGGAAUGUCCACCUCGCUUCAGCAGCCGCAACAAGUUCAACAGGCCGAAUCAUCACCUCCGACAUUACAGCAACAACAAGACCAACAUCAAUCACCACAAUUAACCACAGCGUUAGCAAUGGCUCCGACACACCAUGUCACAUUUAAUCUACAACCCCAGACUCGACUGGGUUCGCCGGACCUUCAAGAGGCAGGUGCCCAGCUUUUUAUGAACGGUGGCACCACAGACGGCUUUUCGCCAUCCGCCUCCCUCAUGGGUAUAUCGUCACGUCAAGGACUUUCGACGACGGCGGCGGCGGCGGGACGCAGAAAGAUGUCCGUGAUGCACACCGAUCCACUACUCGUGAUACAAGAGAAUAACCUCGCCAAUUACAACGGAUACACCAACCACCUUAACAUAAACCCCAAUCAACGCCGGUUAAGUGUAGGGUCCCAGGACGGACGCAACGCAGAAGCAGCGACGACCUUCUCGGUAACGAUUGACCUUUCACAAUACAAUAAAGUGAUCUCUAAUGACGGGAGCGUUAUAUGCUCCGUCGUCAGUUCUUCCUCAACUCCAUAUGAUCCAGGCGACGUUCGUGAAAGAAGAGAGGAUCUGAGUGAAAUAGAUGUCUCGAAGCCGUCGACAAUCUACGGCACCAUCGCCACAGAAAUCCACGGACUGAUUGAACGCCAGAAGGAGAAGGACAAGGAAAGAGAGUCACCGAGAAGAAUGUCGCCCAGGAAAAGCUUGCAGCUCAGCCUCAAAGACCUGGAGGAGCACAUCACGAAGAUUAUCUCGCAGAACGCUGCAAUUGUGGAGACCGAUCCACUCUACAGAAAGAUCUCGAGGGAUUCUAAAGCUUCUACACGAAGAUUCAGUUCCUUCGAUUUGGGUCGAUCUAAAUUCCAAACGGCACUUCUUGCAGGUGGCAGCUCUAAUCCACGACGUAUAUCUAGCGUCGAAGUGCCCAUGUGGCCACGAGAGCAUCGAGAACCGCGCGAAUGGCGAGAAUCGAACCCCGACGGCAGCAGUAGCGGAAGUAUCAUCAAAGAUCUCCUACUCAAGUCUAGGGUUCCCUUUCCGCCGCCGGCGACAGCCGAUACGUCUGAGAGCUUCCCGUGUCCGACGUGUCGUGCCAGUUUCACUACUCAGGAACUACUACACCUUUAUCCGAAUUGCUCAGGUGGCAUUGCAGCGAGUGCAGCGCCUUCUCAGGCAUGCCCCACCAACACCACCUCGACGGCAUCGGCUGUUAGUGAAUGGCCCGAAGACCAUAUAGAAGAGCGUCACGUUUCGGUGAUUAAGAGGUCGGACGUUACACCAUUGAAAAAGCGCAAGUUCUCAGAACCUGCGUAUAUACACUCGACGGAUCCAGCCGCUGCGUUCCCGCUAUUAGAUAAAUCAACGUCAAGUGUGGGAGGGUCGUCACAGAGCUCAACCCAAUUCUCAGUACCUGUUAUCGUUACAACUCCAGCUAGUCCCGAACCCCACGAAACUAGCGACACCAAGCGGAACGCGCCGUCGGCAGUAACUGAUGGGUCCUCAAGGAUCAUCACUCCAGUAGCAGACCUGGUUUCGGUUACAACGCUGCCAACAACAGCAUCAAUAACAACCACAAGCGCAACAGCCACGUCCGCAUCAGAGGAAUCCCCGACUUUAACCUCUACGCCGCCCACCGUGAGCCGAUCUAUUGUCACCACGACGUUUACAACGACGCGCCGCUCAGACCUGUCGGUGAUGUUUACUCCAUGCACGUUUUCGUGUGCACCAGCUGUAAUUAAGCCUGUACGUCCGACGAGUCUUGAGCUUCCCGCGCGGCCGAGCGUCCUGAUUGGCUCAAACCUAAUCAGUCCGGACACACCCAGACCGCAAAAGGCGUUCCGCCAGAUGUUCAUCGAUGGUCAUGCUUACACAACCCUUGGCCUGAAGGUGUCCACACGCUCGACUUACUGCUGCAUUUACCGACCUCAGCCUAUGUUUGUGCUGCAGGAAACGGAUCCCCGCUUAUCAAUGUACUCCAAUUGGGUCAUGUGUCCGUUCACGGACGAGCUCAAAUUAGGUGUCGAACCAAUCGGACUGUUGGCCUGCACGGACCACCGCCAGUGGCGGCAUGAUCAACUGCGGCCGAUCUAUACGCUGGCCCCACGUGCACCUGCAUUGCAUGCACCCCUUAUGCACACUUCCUUAUUCCAGCAGCAGCACCAACAAGCUGCUAGUACCAAUGCUAAUGAUAGUGCCGCUUGCCAGGCAGUUGCAGCAGCGUGUCAACGCUCCAGCGCUGGCAUGGCCAGCACGGCGCCACUGCACAUGACGCACUCGUCGUACUGGCUCGCCAAAAUGGCGACCAAGAAGCACUCCAUCACCUCGGACUACUCCUCGAUCAAGGACGAUUUCGACAGCUUGCCGCCCUCAAGAAAGCAAUCGACAGUUACGGAGCCAGGAUCAGAGCUAGAUUCUUCGUCAAUAGUCACGGAUGAGUCAGCUGUAGAGGAGAUUAGCCAGGACGAGGAGUGGCCACGAUCGAUGGCCCACGAAUACGCCAGGCCAAAACGGGUCAAAAUUUGUGAAGGAGGCUACAAAUCGAAUGAGGACUACACGUAUGUGAGAGGCCGCGGUAGAGGAAAAUACGUUUGCGAAGAGUGCGGCAUUCGCUGCAAGAAACCCUCAAUGUUAAAGAAGCACAUACGGACACACACCGAUCUUCGGCCUUACUUCUGCGCUCACUGCGAGUUUGCCUUCAAGACCAAGGGCAAUCUAACGAAGCACAUGAAGUCCAAAGCGCACCAGAAAAAGUGUGUGGAACUAGGAAUCGUACCUGUACCCACGCACAUCGAUGAUUCACAUAUUGACCACGACCAACUCGCCAAACAAGAGGAGCGACGUCGUGACCAUUCAUCAGAAGACGAUGAAGGCGAUGACGAGGAGGAAGAUCAGACCGAUUCGGAGUCUGAGAGCGAGCAUCAGCACAGCGACAAUCUAAAUUCAUCGACACUGUCGACGGCAAUAACAGCCACGUUAGCUUCUGCGACGAUGUCAAACACAAACACCUUUCCAGUUGUCACCAGUUACCUUCCUAACAACAAUAACAACAACUAUUACAAGCCAGCCAGGGCAGUCAACGGUGCGACCAUGUUGACGGAGAAGGCAUUGGCAAAUGUUCCCACAAUCGCAGUGGGUUCCGCCGCCCCCCCGGCCGCAUCUCCCCUUUCAGCCGGUCAUUAUCAUCACUCGGACACCACUGUCGUCGGCGGUAUGACACAGCUAAACACGACGCUCAGUCUGGCUCAACUUGGCCUCACGCCAUCACACAGGUCGGCACUGUUCACACGAGGCCAUAGAACGACGCCUCACAGUGCACUAGGCGCAAUGAGCGCCCCCUCAGUUCUGGGCAGCGGAAUCCGUACGACCAAUUGGAAUGACAACGUCCGUGAUCGAAGAACUGUCUCGAAUGGCGUCCAAAUCCCUACAGCUGGCCAGCAGCUCAGUUCGGCCAACAGCAACUAUAACAUAAGCAUAACCUCGACGUUCAGUGCCGACGGAUCACAAACGGAUUGUCCUGGAAGGGGAGCUGGCGGACUGCCCGCCACCGUCACGGAGUCAAGGGAGCAUGAAGCAGCCAGAUCACUUCUCGAUUUGGCUAAACCCAACUCGACGAACAACUGCAGCAACAAUAGCGAUAGCGGGAACCAGCAAACAGCAUUGGCACCAUCAUCGACGUCAGAAGCAGAUACUUCUACAGUAAAUAUUAGCAACAGCUGUUUGCUACAAAAUAGCAGCGAGACUCAAUUGCAACAACAGCAAGUUGAAGUGUCGGCAGGAACCGCCGAAACAGGUCGGGCUGAUGAGGUGCCUGUACAUGCUAGAGAGCAUAGCCAGAGUCCAGAAAGACGAACCGCUUCAAAUCGACUACUCCUAUUAUUAAAAGGUGAAGCCGCACUUGAAUCGUCCGAAAACGAUGGGCACACGACAACAGGACCUCAGAGGCAGAGUGAAACCGUCUUAAUUUUAUCUGCUGCUUUAGUCGCGGCUUCAGAAACAGCAGGGAUAUCCGCUACCGCCGAUCGCAUCAGCCAAGUAUCAUUAUCAUCAUUAAUAUUAUCAUCAGUGGAGAGAGAAGCUGAAGAAGCCAGGCGCAGGCCCGCCGUGGACAAAGCCGUCGCCGUAGACCAGAUCAACAACAAUAACAUUAACUACAACAACAGCAGCAGUCACAGCGAUAACAUUACCGCAGAAAAAAGUGCAGUAGUAAUCGUAGAAGAAACAACCGACUGGGAGCGAGAGCAGAGCAUUUCAUCGGACUCCGCCACUAACCCCACCGCAGUCGCCGGAGUCGCUGCCGCAAUGGAGCUAGGGGGCCAGGCUGCUACUGCUGACUGUGGUGGAGGAGACUCAGCCCUGUUUUCCCGGAAGCGGAGCAACACGUUAGAGCUAUCUGGUCUGGCCGGAGCUCGUAAACUGGUGGCAGAACCGCCAACUAUUGAGCCUCCUCGAAAAAAAAGCUCAUGCGUUCGCUCGGUCCAGGUGGGCAUUAUUGAGGAGGGAGGCUCAGUGCUCAGUCCACAAGAAGCCUAUUUUGUCGAACAUAACAACAAUAAUAAUAAUAACAAUAUGCAUACCAGUAAUACUAAUCAAAAUAACAUGAACAACAACAGCAAUCAAACGCAUGCCGUUAGCCCAUCCGCACAAACUCAGUAUGGAGAAUCACAGCAGCACGCCUACAGGACGCCGCAGAACGUUAUCGACGACAACAGUCAGGUGGCGGCGUCGGGGCUAUUUCCCGUACAACGGGUAGUUAACCCUGGAAGUUUCCAGGGCCCACCUGCUUUAGCAGCAAGCCCAAGUUGCCACUUGCCUCUUGAGGGAGACCAAUCUCCGUGUUUCCCGGAAACGCGUCCCCGGUCGUUGUCUUUCGACCAGCAGCCUCUUGGCGCGGAGUACGACCGACGUUACUCUCUUGUUGAGGAGGGUGAGAGCUCGUCGUCGUCGUCAGCCCUUUUGCGGGGUCCCACGCCAGGUGUUGGCCGAGGUGACCAGCCGAUGGACCUUCGAGUAGUUUCGACGCGUGCCAGGAGGCUCGAGAUUCUUCCGGGCGGCAUUGUCUCGCAACCAUUACAGCCAUUUGCCACCCGCGACCCGCGAGAACCUCAUCCGAUCAUGGUACCUGUGGGAACCAUGGCUGCUGGCGGACUGCAGGGUUUAAGUCAUGGGGGUCUCCCCAUAUCGAAGCAGUUUACCGCAGAGCCCCCUGAGACAAUUAUGGGCUCCUGCAUGAGCUAUGGCCAAGGUAAGCUGGGCGAAGAUGGGCAGGAUCCCCAGAGCCCCCCUAUGACACCUCUGGGACAUUCUCAAGGACAUCCGCAACCACACAGUCCAAUGAAUACCCUUGCUCUUGGAGCUCCAAAGGUGGGUCCCAAUGGUGUUAUGGGCCCCCUAAUCGUGCCCAAGCAGGAGUACGCUCCACCUUCUGACGAGCGUGAGACGCCACAUAAACAGGCAGCGAUGUCACACAAUCUUCACAUCCCGGGACCUAAUGGUGGCCUGAUGUGGAGUCAAGGACCGGCGACGUCGACGACGGCAGGUGGUCCUCUUGGGCCUCCGGUGAGCACGUCAGGAAGUGUCGGCCUGCCAGAUACUCGAUCUGAAGGCCGGCCCCAAGACGGAAGUGGAGUUGGUGGUGGAGGAAUAGCGGCCAGGGGAGGCGGUAGCAGCACGGGGGGCGGUGAGGAGGGCAAGUGCGUGUGCAAUAUUUGCCACAAAUCAUUUCCUAAGAUUUCUCAGUUGCGAAUGCAUGUCAACAUACACUACUUUGAGCGGCCGUUCCGAUGUGAUGCGUGUGCGGUGUCGUUCCGUACCAGAGGCCACCUUCAGAAACACAAACGCUCGGUGUCGCACUAUAACCGGGUGAACAUGAAUCUGACCUUUGGUACCCCGACGGCAGACAAUCCGCGACCGUUCAAGUGUGACGACUGCAAGAUCGCCUUUCGCAUUCACGGCCACUUGGCCAAACAUCUGCGGUCCAAAAUGCACAUCAUGAAGCUUGAAUGUUUAGGCAAGCUGCCGUUUGGCAUGUACGCUGAGCUCGAGCGCAGCGGGAUCAACCUGAACGAGAUCGAUACAACCGACUGCGAAAAUUCGCUCGAGAGUCUUCAAGUGUUAGCCCAACGACUUUACCAGCAGGAAGCGUGCAGUCUCAGGUGGAAAGAGGCUGGCGGGUCCGGCGAAGGUGGCGGAGGCAGUUCAGAGCCCGAGGACGACGGGCUCGAAACGCCGCUUCCGCCUUUGCAGCAGGCGCUAGGCACAGCGUCUGCCGAUAUGGCUGGCCCGCAGAGCAUCGAUGCUAUAAACGAGCAUACGUCAACCAUGCAGGCGAUACGUCAACCGAGCCCCCAACAUCAUCAUCAUCACACAUAUCCGAGUCGCAUGGAUUCGCAGCCAACUCCGCCCGUAACUAGCAUACCAAACCAACUUAGUCGGCAUCAUCAUAUGAACCAUCAUAGCCUGAUGCCAUCAGUAGGUGGCUCCGCACAGCCAGCAACAAUGCAGCCACUACAGGAUCCGCAAGGAUCCCGUGGACCGCAGAUGUCGUCUCACCCGAGAUUGGGGGGUCUUGGACCACCUCACGAGUACCUUGACAGUUCCCAGCAGCACCAAAUGAUGCCGCAGCAGAAUCUCGUCAAUCCACUCAUGCUCAACAAUAUGUUACAUCAGCAGCAACAUCAAAUGGGUUUGGGGCCGCCGCACGGGCCCUCCUCCGCUCCCCCAGCUGUAGCUCUCCAUCAACAUCAUCAUCAUGGGAUGGUCAGUCCACAGGCGCCAUCGACUGGACAAGGCUUGCUCACUGGCACCUCUCAGGCGCCACCCGACGCCCCACGAUCGUCUUGUACCUGCCAUAUUUGUGGCAAAGUACUCAAAUCGGCUAAGUCGCUACAGGUUCAUCUCCAUACAGAGCACACUGACGAGCAAAGCAAGACUCCUGCGCCAUCUGUCGCACCCGGUAACUCAGGCGUACACGGCACUCAGGGUUAUGUUCCUCUUGCAUCGCAUCCGUCACCUCCAACCCAACCAGCACCACCACCACCCCCCCAACCUCCCAAUGAUAUGAUGCAGCAGCAUCAUGACUCUGGUCUUGCCGGAUGUCACCUCUGCAACAAAUCAUUCCAAAAUCAUAUUCUACUACAACAGCAUUUCAACAACUGCCAUCAAACAUUUUCUUAAUGAAGGAAUAUGCUUGAAGGAUAAACGAAAAUAAGUAUUGCUUUGGUAGAGUAGAUCUUUAUGGCAAUCCAAUCGAAAUUGCUUAAAAAUGUAAAUAGAAAAUAGUCAUCAACGUCAUAAAAAUAUUGACGAUGCCGAUAAUCACGGUAAUGAGGAUAACAAGAACGAACAUGAUUAAAACGAUAUAGUAUAGUAAUAAUACGAAGAUUGUAGAAUGGGCAAUGUGUAAUAAUAUUACGGAUAAUACCAAUUAUAAAAAAUGAUAACUCUCAUCACGAAUUCUUAUAUAUAUAUAUAUAUAUAUAUAUAUAUAUAUAUAUAUAUAUAUUGUUGUUAUUAUUAAAAUUACGCGUAUGAUCUAGAUAAUAUGGCGUGUAGGGUCAGAAAAUGCAUACAGAUUAAAUAUAUCCAGAUAUGUUAGGGCCAGCUUGAUUCGCAAAUACAGAACGGAAAAUUAGUGCUGAUCUCAAAGCGAAAUAGGUGGAUCAUCCGCCCCUUGGCAUUUUAGUUAUAGGUACUAUAAUCAUUGUCUUAUACUGUCGAUUCAAUAAUGAAUUUGCCAAAUUUCACAAUUGGAACUUGUUCUGUCACGUUUGACUGCAUAUGACAUUUGAUGGUUAGUUUUUAUUUUAUCGAGCUGCAGAAUAGACAUUUUACCUAAAUCUAGACAAGCAAAAGUGGCUGGGGGCAUUUCAUUUUUAAAAGCGUCUUUUGUGAUUAUUUCACUAAUAAAAAAAGCCACUCCUAUUACCAGUAUUUCUGAUAAUUAAUACGAACUUACAAAAAGAUUGCCAUACACACUUUCUUAGACAAAGUGAUUAUUACUGCAGUGGAUUUUCGCCAAUGAGGCCAGUAGAGGCUUGGUCAAUGGAAAAAAAGCAGAAGAAAAAGAAAAAUACUGGACGCCAAUGAAUAUACUGAAGAUAAAAAUGAAAAAGGAUCAAGUAGUGAUAGAUAAAGUGCAAUGCUUUAGAUAGCAGGAGACAGCGGAAAAAGGAGAAAGAACCAAGAGAUACAAUAUAAUGUAUUAAUCAUGAUAAUAGAACUUAUUAUGAUUUAAGAUAAUGCUAAUAAGGAUUAAGAUUAACGAUGACUGACGUCUUUGAUGAUAAUUAUUAUUAUUAUCACUGAUAUUGUAAGGCAUGUAUGGAUCGUGCAGUGUCGUCUAUAUACAGCCUCUGUGUAGAUAUAGUGUUGUUGGUUAAGAAGUGAACAAAACGCAAAGAAGAGAUGGAACCUUUUUAACGUAAGCUAAAUGUUAUAUAAGACAAAAAAAAAAAAGAAAAGUCGAGGGGGCGAAGGCCAGAGAAGAUGGCCGGCCAUACUAGUCAGCUUCUGUUAAUUGCCGCUGACAAAACCUGUUCAACAAAAUCGUACCGGUACCAGAAAUUCAGUGAAUCGUACUAUUAUUAUCAUAAUUUCAAAAAGAGGAAACGAUGGAAUAUUAAAAACAAUGCCUGUAUCGAUAGAAAAAUACGGAUUGUCACCUUUUUCGAGCUCUGUGUGAAUAUACAACCUAAACAGGACUGAUAGGUCCGGCAACCACAAUACACACGCAGGCCUGCAUAUAAAUAAAA